UUUGUACCCUUGAGUGAUUAAAUCAAACCAAAAACACAGAUAAAAAACGCAAUGGCUCUAAAGGCAUUACUCAGACAGUUUUUACUUGUGUUUUUUCUACUCCAACGUCCAGACUGCAGACACACGCAAGCCUGACUUGGCAGAGAGGUGUGAAGCUCUCAGGUGAAGCAGCAUCCUCUCAAUCCUUCAUUAGACACAUCACAUCAAACUGAUAAUUGUCGCCGUGCAGACUUUAAAGAGUGAUUCCUCACAAAAGGAAUCUAAUUAUUUUUCUUUCUAUCACAUUAUCCGUCUAUUUAGCCUUAUUCACACCCCAGUGAUAACGAACGACGUCCUUCGGGAAGGUCGCAUUUUGGCACUUGAGGAUUUCUUUGAACUUUUUUUUAGCCUGAGCUGUGAACCCAUAAACCUCCGGAGAUCUGCUUCUGUAUAAAAACUCGUUGGCUAAAAUCACCUUCACACAUUCUGUCCGUCUUCCACCCCUCAUGUCAUCCUUUCUGCGCCUGGGUGUCUCUGGAGAUUUCUAACAUGGACCUGGACUCUGUUACGGCUAAGAUACUUUCUGAGUGGGGCCAUGGGGGCGCUUUUGGUGAAGAUCAGGACUCGCUUCAGUCCACAUCGCCGGAAUCCUCCAUGGACUCCAUGUGCUCCUCACCGGAGAUGUGCUACACCAGCGGGUAUCAGGAGAUGAACGACUUUACCUUUGGCCUCUCGAGACGCAGGGCGACAUCGGGUACGCAGAGGCAGGGCAAACCCAAGAUGUCCACGAAAAGACGCAUGAAGGCCAGCGAGAGGGAGAAGAUGCGGAUGAGAAGUCUUGCAGAGGCCCUGCAUCAGCUCCGGGACUACCUGCCGCCGGACUACAGCAAGAGAGGCCAACCGCUGACCAAAAUACAAACCCUGAAAUACACCAUUGAAUACAUCAACCAGCUCUCAGACAUCCUGAGCCGUGCGUAAAGGACGCACAUGGACCAUUUUUACGCACCAGGUUUACUCUAAUCAGGACACGUGAUGGUAUAAGAAGGAGUUAGUUUUAUUUCUGAUGAGUUGAGCAACAUCUUCAUGAUAACUUAAUCAUUCACUUCUUUGUCAUGUUUUGAAUUCUCUUUUGCCCCUCCCCUGAUGUAAAUAUUGUUUCUGGGCACUUGGCAUUUAUUUUUGUAUAUGAGGCUGCCUUUGUUGAG